CAAAGAAUCGCCAAGAAAUAAAACUCAAAAUCCAAUCAAGACAAAAAAAAACUCCAUCCAAUUGAAUGAUUUUUAUUUGAGACGAAAAUUGUGCGGUCGUCGUCGUUGUUCUUGUCUCACUAUCGUCCCUCAAAAGAAAAACUAUGAAUUUACCCUGAAAAUCUGAGAAAUUCCAUUCGAAAUUAACACAAAAUUAUUCGUAAAAUCUUGCCCGAUCGAUUGUUUAUGAAAUUGCAUGUGAAAAAUUGAAGAAAAAUGUGAAAACUCAGUGUGAAAAAGUGUUUGAAAAAAAGCCCAAUCAGCCAGCCAGCCAGCAGGCAGCAGCAGCACCACAUACAUACCCAAGAGAAAGAAAAUCAAUAUUUUCUUUUCCAACUUUGUGGACUCGGAUUGUGGCUGCAAAAUUGGUUAUUUCUAUUUUCAUUUAAUUUUCGUUGUGAAACACAAAAAGUAAUUUAGAUCAUCUUUUGGAGGAAAAUUGCAAGGAAAUUCCAUUCCAAAGACCAUACCAAAAACGCAAUGGAUAAGUUGGUGGAAGAGACCUAGGAAGAACCCUCAAAACCCCUAACCGCAGGAAAAGAAUACUUUCGAUAUUGUGAAAAAGAACAAACAAAAAAAAAAACCUCUGCCUGCCUGAAGCAACCGAAAACCAACCGCAAAUCAUAAGAGACCUGAAGUUCCACACCUACACUCACUCCUCCCCAGUAGCACCUUACUUGCGCUCUUCAAUCAGUCAGAAACCAACUGACUGACUGAUAGAGUUGACGAAGAAAACAAAUAAAAACUAAGGAACUAAACUUUAAAAUAAAAAUACAGAAAACGACGUCAACAUCGUCGUCGUUGUCGACAACAGCAGCAAUGAACGUAAUGCGUAAAUUACGUGGCGGUGGUGCCAACAACGUUGGUGCCACCACAAACCCCACUGCAGCUAAUUCCACAACAACAACAACAUCAGCAAACACAACACAAUCCAAUAAUACAACCAAUGCCAUCAUCACUGCUGCAAGUGAUGAUCCAGUCACAGAAUCGCGCACUCAACUAAGUCUAAUGCACCUGAAGAAGCUCUUCAAUGAGUACACCCAUCCGAAAGAAGCACUCAGCGAACAUGAACGAGAUCAAAAACUCUACAACAUGCUUCCAUUGUUCUGCAAGGUAUUUAGUACAUGUCCCUCGUCGGAUAUGAGUGAAAAAUUCUGGGACGUAGUUGCAUUCUGUCAGCAAGUUGCUCGUCUCAUGGUUGCGGAAAUCCGCAAGAGAGCCUCCAAUCAGAGCACCGAAGCAGCAUCAAUAGCUAUUGUUAAAUUUCUGGAAAUCGAAACGAGCGAGGAAACAAGUAGUGGAUGGAUGUUAUUGUCAACAUUGAAUUUGCUAGCAAAUGGUGAUGUUUCCUUGAUUCAGGUAAUGACUGCAGCUGCUGUACCAUCGACAUUGGUUAAAUGCCUGUACUUGUUCUUUGAUUUACCCGAAGUCACUGAGGAUCCUCCAGCUGAGAAUGGAGAAGCAAUUAGUGAUUUUAAUGCAAUGGAAAGAAGGACAUUGCUUCAGAAGAUUUUUGUACAACUUCUAGUCAAACUGUGCUCAUAUCCAUAUCCAGCUGAGGAGCUGGCUAGAAUGGAUGAUUUGACAUUGUUAUUCUCAGCUAUCACAUCGCCUUGUCCACCGCAUAAUGUUGUGUGGCGAAAGAGCGCUGCUGAGGUUUUGACCACUCUGUCAAGACAUGGAUUGAAGGAUGGAGUUGUUAGUUAUAUACAUUCCAAAGGAUGCAUGGCACUUUGUGUGGAUAAUAUGCAACGUUUAACAGAUGCAAAUCCUCUUGAGAUUGUCGAAAUGUUUGUUACGGUUUUUUGUUUUCUAAAAGAUUCUAGUCAAGUAUCACAGAUAUUAAUGGAUGACUUUAAGGCCUCUCAAGGAUAUCUGUUUCUCAGUGAAUUUUUGCUCAAAUUUGAAAGCGAUCGCACUCGUUCCAUAGAAGUCCAAGCUGCCAUUCGCAAUCUAGUUCUAAUGAUCUCAUCGCUUUGCAUGUGUGGUUUCGUCGAACUCCGACCACCACCCGCUCAAGCCAACAGCCUAUUUAAAAUGCAAAAUUUCCAAAUGCCACAAGCAACAUCCCGUGAAACUUGUGUUCGUAACAUUUAUGCCUUUCAGGUGCUACAAACCGUAUUCCUUAAAUCAACAUCACCAACUCUCUGUUGCACAAUUCUCGAUGCUAUCUCGAGAGUUUAUCAUUCGGAAAAUGCCAAUUACUUUAUUCUAGACUCGGAAAAUACCCUAAGUCAAUUUACAGAGAAAAUCCACCAGAAAGGACCUCAAAUCCAGGAGAAAUUCUUCGAUCUACUGGAAUUCAUUGUAUUCCAGUUGAACUUUGUUCCUUGCAAGGAAUUGAUCUCAUUGUCGUUGUUGUUGAAGAACAAUCAUUCGACAUCGUGUAGUAUAUUGUGUUUGAAGACGUUGUUGAAUAUCCUGCGACAUAAUAAUGUCUUCAAGGAUGUCUAUCGGGAGGUGGGAAUUUUGGAGGUUUUCGUUACCUGCUUGAUGAGGUAUUCGGAUUACGUGCGAAAGAUCACGAACGACGAUGAGAAUUUGGAAGUCGAUGUAGGAGAUAAUCAGAGUGAUUUGUUGGGAAAACAUGUCCUGGAAGCCUUGACAAUCCUCCUCGGCGGGAGCAAUAAUAAUGCAAAUGUUUUUCGGGAGUGUGGCGGAGCCAAGUGUGUACAUGAACUUGUCAAAUUCAAGCACUGUCGGCACCAGACUCUAGGAAUAAUUCGGGAGUUGAUUCUGUCGUUGGGCGGCGACGAUGAUAUGUUGUUCAUCUUGAGCGUGAUGCACUCGGUGCCAGCCUACCAAGUCGAAUUCAAAAUACAGAUUUUAAAUAUGCUGCUGGGAUGCCUAAAAGACAGUCAUCGGACACGAACGGUCUUCAGGAAAGUCGGAGGGUUCGUUUAUUUGACAAGUGUUUUUGUAUCCCUCGAUGGCAAACUGAAUGACAACCUUGAGGAGAACACCGCAGAUCUGGGUAUCACCCAGGACGAUCUCAUUCUACUGCUGCAGAUAGUCUGUCAGACUUUGGCAACUGCUAUGCGUUUCGAGCCAGCCAAUGCCAAGUUCUUUCAUCAUGAAAUCUGCACAGCCUCGUUGUGUGAGACUUUGAGGCUGCUGGGAUGCUUUACAAGCGGAACUGAGUUGACCGAUAUCUUUGGAGAAUUCAAGGCCGACGGAGAGGUGCAGCGAUACUUCCACGAGGUGUUCAGUGGGGAGAUAUUGAACUUCAGUUUCCGGGAGUCGGUUCCGAGAUCUUUGUCGUAUGUGUGUGUGGUUUAUCGACUUCUGUACAGCAUCGCUUUGGACAACUUUGAGCAGCCGAAUUUGAAUGGAGUGAUCAAUCUGUUUGUGGAUCAAACACUACGCUCACCAAGUCAGGAACUGCCUACACAGCAUCCGAAUAUGCUGAACUUAUCACAGCCCAAUCCAGAACCAAGAAUUGUCCAUCCAGGCGUGGUCAUCUGCAUGCUUCAGCUGCUUCCUUCGGUUGGACAUUCCUCGGAACAGGCCAAAGCCAUGAAUCUACAGGUCUAUCUUUCGGAGAUCAUUAAGAGUUUGGUUAGGAGCGAGAGAAAUCAGCAGAUUAUGUGUGACUAUGGCCUAGCUGGACAUUUGUUGAAAAUCGGACGACGUGCAUUGAGUGAGGAAGAUAAUCCUCUGCAUGUUCCAUUGCAAUACAUCCUCGAACGUCUGGCUGCCCAGGCUCUGCAGCCAACGGAAUUAAGGGAGUUCCUCCGACUCGGGGCACCUCUUUCGUGUGCGGAUAUAAAUCUGGAUAAAGCCUACUGCAUGGGUGGACCAGUGCCACUGACCAGAAUCAAGACUCUAGUUUCCAUGACAACCCCACGGGACUUCCGUGCCCACGGAUCGAGUACAUUGCCUCCGUUUGUAGAAAUGGAUAUGUCAGCUGAAGGAUUUGGAUGUCUCUAUUUGCCUAGUUUAGCUCCUCAGGCAGCUGCAAACAGUGGAGGAACAAUUGACUCGAGUACCAUUGGAGGAAUCGGUGCUGGUGAUCGGAUAUUUCCUCCGCAGACUGGUCUUACUUAUUCCACUUGGUUUUGUGUGGAGAAGUUUUCAGACCCCAAGACAGAUCCACAUUGUGUAAGGCUGUUGACCUUGGUGAGGACCAUCAACAACCCUCGGGAAGAGAAUCUAGUGUGUUUGUCGAUUCUUUUGUCCGCGAGAGAUAAGGCGAUUGUGGUCUCUACACAGGAGACUUUGGUUACUCCAAGUAAAAAUCUUGGAGACUGGGAACCAGAAGGCUCUGACGAUGGAAAUGCAAGGAUAUGGUGUCCUGAUCUCUUACACGAAGGUCAAUGGCAUAAUCUUGUUGUUGUCCUUAACCGAGCUGUUCUCAAGAACUCCAGUUUGUCUCUCUAUUUGGAUGGAACUCCAAUGCACACUCAAAAGCUCCAUUACAUCUCACAAAAUCCCGGAGCUGGUUCGGCAAAUCUUGCUGUGGCCAGUCAAGUAUUUGGUUAUAUUGGAACUCCACCUAUUUGGAGGAGAUAUUCCCGUUUGUGCUGGAAACAGGGAGUGUGUCAUUUAAUCGAGGAUGUUCUCCAGCAACAAACUGUCCAGACUAUCUACAAUCUAGGACCUCAUUAUAUGGGAUCUUUGCAAGCUCCCCAGAUUGGCAAACAAAACGAACCCUUGAAUCCAUUGGUUUCCGAGGAUAAGGUGCUGCUAGGAUUGAAUGCCAAAGCUGUGUCUCAAUUGACUUUGGUCAAGAUUCGUAAAGUCUACAGCAGGACCGAUAAUAAGUCCAUAGCUAAGCAACUGGGGAUGAAUUCACAUGAGAAUGCAACACCAAUUAAAAUCCUUCACAAUUCAGCUGGACACUUGGCCGGUGCUGGUCGUUCCCUGGGGGGAGUUGUUGUCGGCUAUUUGGGAGUUCGAGUCUUCAGUCCACAUCCAGUGUCGGCCAUGAUCGACACCGUUGGCGGUUGCAAUGUCCUUCUGGGGAUCAUCGCUAUGGCUCAGGACGUUGAAAGCCUUUACGCGGGAGUUAAAGCUCUUACUUGUGUCGUGCGAAGUAAUCGUGCGGCUCAAAGUGAAAUGGAUCGCAAACGCAGCUAUCAAACUCUGGGAAUGUUCUUCAAGAAGAAGAAGAACCUCCUCAAUUCCCACAUUCUGCAUUUAACUUUCGGCCUCGUGGGCACUGUCAACAGUGGUCAGGACAUGGCCGCCAUUCCAAAUGUUACCGCAUUCCAGGACUUACUCUGUGAUUUGGAAAUCUGGCAUGGAGCUCCCAAUGGCUUGUUGAGAUCGCUUCUGGAACAUUUGCUAGAGCUUGCUGUGGAAUCGAAUGAAAAGAAACAGAAUGUAAAGAUCAUGAGAGAUUUGCAAUUGCUGAAUAAGCUGCUGAAUAUAAUCACCGACAUCACAGACCAUUCCACGCGGGAGAUUCUGUUCUCUUUGGUUGAGACUCUGUUGGGCGGUCAGCCGAGACACAGUGAUCUCCUCCUAUUCGGCCAAUAUAUCGCUGCAAAGUUGCCCAAAUCCGAUCAACCAGAGCGAGCGGUGAUUCUUCCAUCGAUGGUUAAGAAGGAUGGCGAUGAUCUUGUUGCUCAGAAUAUCUAUCUAAGGAAUCGUUGCCUGUCGCUUCUACAUGGAUUGCUAUUCACACCGCGAAACACUGUGAAUUACAUAAUCUGUGAUGACAUCUCCAAGACUCUCGGGAUGGAUUGGUUGCUGCUGUUCAUGCAGCCGCAUGUCCAUUUCACCUCGGUGAUCAUAGCUGUUAGAAUCUUGGUAGUGGUGUGUGCGAAUGAGUGCUUCUUGGCACGUUUCCGAGAUAGCACCCACAAUGGUGGUUAUUUGAGAUUCACCGAACUGAUCUCGCAGAAGAAGAGCAUCUGUCUGGGAGGUCCUCAACUAGGCUCCGGAGGAUCGGCUACAAAUGGUGGGGUUAUGGUGUCAUCAUCAAAUCCGAAUGCUCAACUUCCGUCUCAGAUCGCUGGAGAAGUUCGAACUUCGGUUCUGCAUGUUCCCGGAUUCCAGAUACUCGAAUGGCUGCUUCAGCAUCAUCUGGACGUUCCCGAAUUGUACUUCCUGAUAACUGCUUUGAUCAUGGGACAACCCGUGAAGCUUCUCGCAUCGGAGCACACCAAAUUCGAUCUGGAUCGUGUGUGGGCAUUCCUCUGGGGCACCCCGGUUUCUCACGCAUCUGCAUCAUCUGUAACUCCAAAAAUGAAUGUCUGCCCGGAGGCAGUGUGUGUCCUGUUGGGAAUGGUUCGCGCGAUUGUUCACACCGCCGAAACUGCUGAUUGGCUUAAGAGCCACCCAGAGACCAUAAUUCAGCUGUUAUUCUCGCUCUAUCAGAAUUUGCCCGAUUUCAUGCCGGUCAUGAUGUCGGGAGAUGUUGUGAGCUCCCUGGUGGCAGUGUUAUUCCCGAUGGCAAAGGAGGGUGGGCCAGAUUCAGAGCCAAACAGCGGAACAUCUACGCCAACUGACAGUUCCGGCUGUUAUGUAGUCCACUCGCCGAUUUCUAUGACUCCUCAUGUCACAUUAACCACCCAUCCAGUUCGAAAGUUCGUCAUUGAUUUCUUGCGUGUAAUCGUCGUGGAUUCACUUAGUCUCUCGAUGCAUGGCAAAUCAACUCCUGUUGUUGACCUCGUCCUAGAUGCUUCGCCUGAAACAGCGGACAUGCGACAUCAAGUGGAAUACCAAACGGAAAUUAUCACAGCUCUGGUGGAUCAUCUGCUGGCAGCUGAUGUACUAGUGGGAGAACAAGCAGCUCUUCCCAUUGUGCCUUUGCUGCAAUCCCAUGUCCAGAACAUAGCUCCCAAUGUAUUCUAUUUUACUGCUCGAGUAGUGGACAAAAUGUGGCAGGGAUGUUUACAGAAAAAUCCUCAUGAUAUCUUUGAUUUUGUCAUCAAACUGAUAGCGCAGGCAAAACGUCGAUCAUCGGCGUUGUCCUUGGAACAGCUUCAUCACUCUCUCAAUCGUUCCAUUUUGUAUCUUUUGUCCAGACCCACAGAAGCCAUCACAGAACAAAUGUCUGUGCUGGAAGCUCUUCACAAGAUCAUCACACAUCGUUUGUUGAUUUUCGGAGCCGGCAAUCAUGAAUUGGAAUUCAUUGGAUGUCUGACUUAUUGUCUUCUGCAACUGACCGCUGACAUGAAGAUCAUCCUGGAACCUUCGACAAGCAGGAGCACCACAUGGCAUGUGAAUCCUCAAGUAGAUGUGAUCGAACCACGUGACGACCAUUUGAAUCAGCUACAGGGAAGAAAUCUCAUUGUGGGAGCAGCCUUCCGAGUCUGGGAGGAGCUGUAUGUCUGCAAAAAACCAGCGAUUGAGGAAGUCUUCAAGAUCAGUCUGACUGCUCCGCCAAACAACUCGAAAGCUCCUGAUUUGCAAACAACUCGGGAACAAGUUAUGGAAGUUGCAUCCAAACUGUGGUUCAAUUAUGUCGACACCGAGCGAAAGGCUUCAUACCGAAUUCCAUGGGAGAUCCACAACCAAAUCCAAUCAAAGAUUCAGAAAGUCACAGGAGGCUUAACCCGGUUGGCUAGCCGAACAAAAGUCAAGAAAGACGAGCUGGUGCGCGUCAAGUCCACCAUGAGCAAGGAGAGUGCCUUUGAAUGUACAGCUAUUCAUGUCCAGUUGAUCAAGGAUCUGUGGGAGAUGCGGUGCAAACAAUACACCCAAAUGAUUCAACACACUCAGCGUUAUGUGUUUCAGGAUUGGAUCCAAUCCGAAACCGAAUUGACUCGAGAACGAGGCCUCUGGGGUGCCGAAGGAGUAUCCACCCUGGACAAAUGGAUGUUGGACACCACCGAGGGACCGCAUCGCAUGCGAAAGAAGACUAUGCGGAACGAUUUGUUCUACUUGCAGUAUCCAUAUCGACCUGGCAUCGAUUUGCCAGACAAUCGUCAAUUAAAAUACAAAGUUGCCACGAGUUUCGAUAGCAAAAUCUACUUCACCCAUUGCCAAUUGCCUCCGAGGAUUCUCUGCGAGACAGAGAGUAUGAUUCAACAUGGUCCUGACAAUAGAUCGUCCACUGAUUGUGCUUCGAAUGGAAGUCCACCACAGAGUCCAACAGGAGAAGGACCGCCGGGAAAAUUAGCCGGCAUCGGAGCCCCUCAGGAAUCGGUUGAUGGAACAAUUGCCGGAGAGGAUUUGGACGAAGAGGAGGAAGAUAUGUCGAUGGUGUCGGAUAAUGAGACAUUCCUGCGUUUGCUGGAAGAACAAGAGAAAAUCUCCUACAUGUUCCGAUGUGCCCGCAUUCAAGGUCUCGACACAACCGAAGGCCUUCUGUUGUUCGGCAAGGAACACUGUUACAUUGUUGAUGGAUUUACUUUGCUGAAAAAUCGAGAAAUUCGUGAUAUUGACACAUUGCCCCCCGGAACUUAUGAUCCAAUUAUACCGAAUUCUGGGGGAACCACAAGGACCCAGAAAAUGAAACAGUGCUCGAAGUUCUCCUACGAGGAGAUUCGCGAGGUCCACAAGAGAAGGUAUCUUUUGCAGCCGAUUGCCCUGGAGGUGUUUUCCGAAGAUGGACGAAAUUAUUUGCUCAGUUUUCCUCGAAAAGUUAGAAAUAAGGUAUACCAAAGAUUUAUGUCGCAUGCAACAGCCAUUUCCGAUAACGCCCAGCUUUCAGUUGCUGGUCAAAAACGUACAGCGAGUGUUGAACAGACAUCGGGUAUAUUUAGCAGUUUGAUUGGGGAAACUUCUGUUACACAGCGAUGGGUGCGUGGAGAAAUAUCAAAUUUCCAGUACUUGAUGCAUUUAAAUACUCUUGCGGGAAGAUCAUACAAUGAUCUCAUGCAAUACCCCGUCUUCCCCUGGAUUUUAGCCGACUACGAUUCGGAGGAACUCGAUCUAACAAAUCCCAAGACUUUCAGAGAUUUCUCAAAACCAAUGGGUGCCCAAUCAGAAGAGAGAUUAGAACAGUUUUUAAAGCGAUUUAAGGAAUGGGAUGAUCCACAUGGCGAAACACCACCCUAUCACUAUGGCACCCAUUACAGUUCAGCAAUGAUUGUUUGUUCCUAUUUGGUUCGUUUGGAACCAUUCACACAGCAUUUUCUUCGUUUACAAGGUGGUCAUUUUGAUUUAGCGGAUCGUAUGUUCCAUAGCAUAAAAGAAGCUUGGCUAUCGGCUUCAAUUUACAACAUGGCUGAUGUUAAAGAAUUAAUACCUGAAUUUUUCUACCUCCCUGAGUUUGUAACGAAUUCAAAUAAUUUUGAUUUGGGUUCUAAGCAGAAUGGAGAUACCCUUAAUCAUGUUAUUCUCCCUCCAUGGGCCAAACAAGAUCCCAGAGAAUUCAUAAGGGUUCAUCGGAGUGCCUUAGAGUGUGAUUAUGUUAGUCAGAAUUUACAUUUGUGGAUUGAUCUAAUAUUUGGAUGUAAACAACAAGGACCUGCAGCUGUGGAUGCAGUUAAUGUAUUUCAUCAUUUGUUCUACGAAGGAAACGUUGAUAUUUAUAACAUUGAUGAUCCUUUGAAGAAAAAUGCAACAAUUGGCUUUAUCAAUAAUUUUGGUCAAAUACCCAAACAAUUGUUUAAGAAAGCUCAUCCGGCUAAGAAAAUGGGUAAUUCACGUCAUUCGGUUAUCGAUCCAGGUCCACUGAUUGGAAAUACCACGGUUUUGCAAUCUGAUCGGUUGUUCUUCCAUAAUUUGGAUAACCUAAAACCAAGUUUGCAACCAAUUAAAGAGCUAAAGGGACCUGUGGGACAGAUCCUGCAGCCUGAUAAGACUGUUUAUGCUGUGGAACAAAAUAAAGUAAUGAUGCCGCCCUCGUACACGAAGUACAUAGCUUGGGGAUUUGCUGAUCAUUCGUUGAGAAUUGGUUUGUACGAUUCGGAUAAGGCGUCAUUUGUGUCGGAGGCUGCUGCUCAGAAUUCUGGUGAGAUACUUUCGUGUGCUUGUCCCAAUUCCAAGAUGAUCAUAACUGCUGGCACCAGUUCGGUGGUGACUAUUUGGAAAUUCGAUGCGAAUAAGAAAACUCUGAUCGUGAGAAAUUCUCUGCAUGGACAUACAGAUGCAGUGACGUGUCUGGCAGCUAGCGCCGCUUACAAUGUCAUUGUGUCGGGAUCGAGAGAUGGGACUGCAAUCGUGUGGGAUAUGUCGAGAUUUACGUUUGUUAGACAACUUCGAGGACAUGUUGGGGUUGUGGCUGCUGUGGCCAUUAAUGAAUUGACUGGAGACAUCGCCACUUGCUCGGCAACUUGGCUGCAUGUGUGGUCGAUUAAUGGAGAUGCGCUGGCGACUGUUAACACGAGUGUGGGAAGUGCCGAUCGAAUGCAACAGAUUCUCUGUGUGGCAUUUUCUCAGAUACGAGAAUGGGAUCAACAGAAUGUAAUUAUUACUGGAUCCACAGAUGGUGUGGUUAGAAUGUGGUCCUUAGAAUAUUCUCAAGUUCCAAUCGAAAGAAAAUUAAAACGAUGUGCUGAGGUGACAUCGGAAGAUAAAGUCCCCGAAAAAGAUGAAAAGGAUUCGGCAAAUGAAGCCUCAAAUAAAUUGGAUUUAUUUAAACAAAUGAAAAGUAUGACGUCGUCAAAUGAAGGAAAUGAAAUUGCAAAAUCGGCAUCAGAAAGUAGUAUAUCAGAAGCAUGUGAUUUAUCGGAGAAGUCAACAAAAUCUGAUGAUUCAGAGAAGAAAUUGGAUGAUUUGGCAAAUACAGAAAGACGUAAGAGUAGUUUGGCCGGGACAAAGUCAUUGCAUGAGAUGAAAUCAUCAACAGUGGAUGAGACACGUUCGGCAGCAUUAGAUCGAUCCGAAAGUACUGUUGAAAAGAGUAAUAUCGAAGAUCGUGCGAUACGUCCAAGUAAAUCAGACACAAGUAUUACUGAGUCAUUUGUUGUUGUUGAUAACGACCAACGUAAUAAAAAUGAUAAUUUAUUAAGAAAAGGAUUUAGAUGGAAUAGGCAGCUAAUGUUUAGAUCUAAAUUAACAAUGCAUACAGCUUACGAUAGAAAAGAUAAUGCUGAACCAGCUAGUAUAACUGCAUUAACUGUUUCAAAGGAUCACAAAAUUUUAUAUGUUGGUGACGCCCGUGGUAGAAUAUUUUCAUGGAGUGUUACAGAACAACCUGGUCGUGGUGUAGCCGAUCAUUGGCUUAAAGAUGAAGGUGCUGAUCAAUGUGUAAAAUGUCAUGUCAAAUUCAAUAUAUACGAACGUAAACAUCAUUGUCGUAAUUGUGGUCAAGUAUUUUGCAAUAAGUGCAGCCGUUUCGAAUCAGAAAUAUCACGACUACGAAUACUCAAGCCAGUACGAGUUUGUCAAAAUUGCUACAGCAGCUUACGUUCUCAAUCUGUUGAGAGUUAAACAAUUGUAUGAUGAUUAGAAUUAAGAAUUUGCACUUAAACUAAAAGAAAAGCAAACAUAAAACAAUAAUAAAUCAUAUAAAAUUAAUAGCAACAAAAUAAAAGAAGAACCCUCUUUCCUCAUUAAUUGUCUAUAUAAUCAUGGAAAAUAGAAAAAAACAAAA